GGCAGCGAAGUGAGCGGCCCCCACCCCGCAUCGGCACCGCGGCCCGGCCGCGCUCCGCCGCCCUCAGCCCGCUUCCGCUCCGGACCCGCACUCGGUCCCGGCCCGCACCGCCCCCGCAGUGAGCAGGAGGGAGAAGAUGAAAGCAGGCUGCAGCAUCGUGGAUAAGGCUGAAGGAGGAGGAGGUUACCACUUCCCAGAGUGGGCUUACAAGACCGAGUCCAGCCCUGGCUCCAGACAAAUCCAGUUGUGGCAUUUCAUCCUGGAGCUGCUGCAGAAGGAAGAGUUCCGCCACGUCAUCGCCUGGCAGCAGGGAGAGUAUGGGGAGUUUGUCAUCAAGGACCCUGACGAGGUGGCCAGGCUGUGGGGACGCAGGAAAUGCAAACCCCAGAUGAACUAUGACAAGCUGAGCAGGGCCCUCAGAUACUAUUACAACAAGAGGAUUCUCCACAAGACAAAAGGCAAAAGGUUCACCUACAAAUUCAACUUCAACAAACUGGUGAUGCCCAACUACCCCUUCAUCAACAUCCGACCCAACGGUGUCGUGCCACAGAGCGCUCCUCCCGUCCCCACAGCCUCAUCCCGCUUCCACUUCCCCCCCUUGGACAGCCACUCUCCCACUGAAGAUGUCCAACCCGGCCGCUUUUCCAGCGGUUCUUUGGUCCCGUCCAACCCAGAAGCUUUGGGAGAGGGAGGCGAGAGGAAGCCGGACAUGCCGGAGCUGGAAGAUGCCUCCUCGGAUUGGCGCCGGGGCGUGGAUCUCAUGGCUUCCCGCACCUCCGUGGGCAGCGCCGGGAACGUCAACCACCAGAAACGCAAACCCGAGAUCGUUCUCCCUCUUUUCAGCAGGCCUGGGAUGUACCCGGAUCAUCCCCACAGCCCCUUUGCCGUGUCACCUCUGCCGGGACGUGGCGGGGUCUUAAACGUCCCCAUCUCUCCCGCUUUGUCCCUCACCCCAACCCUUUUCUCCUACAGCCCCUCCCCGGGUCUCAGCCCCUUCACGGGGAGCAGCUGCUUCUCUUUUAACCCCGAGGAAAUGAAACACUACCUGCACUCCCAAGCUUGCUCUGUCUUCAACUACCACCUCAGCCCCCGGACUUUCCCCCGCUACCCGCUGAUGGUGCCACCUCUCCAGUGCCAAAUGCCCCUGGAGGAGCAGCCCCAGUUCCCCAUCAAGCUCCAACCUCCCCCCGCGGGGCGGAAAAACAGGGAGAGACUGGAAAGCUCCGAGGAGCACCCCCCGGCCACGCAGCUGGCUGCUCCUCCACCCCCCAGGGUCAAAAUGGAGCCUCCAGGCGACAAGGAAACCGAAUCCCAGGAGCCGGCGGCGAAAGGGAAAGAGAAAACCGAGCGGGAGGAAGAGGAGAAAGGCCCCGUGUUUGCCAAACCAGCGGCGCCUUCGUGGCACCCGGCCCCCAACCAGCCUGAAGAAGCCCCCGAGCAAGGGGAGGGCAGCGGGGAGAAGCCCCCCCGGGAUGCAGCCAGUGAGCUGGGGGCUCAGGAGAAGAGGGAAGAUGCCUUGAUGCCCCCCAAGCUGCGUCUGAAACGCCGCUGGAACGGGGACCGGCAAGCUGAGGUCCCUGAGGAGCCCCCCAGCCACGGCCGAGCCCACUGGAACGGGGCACUGGGGACCCCCCACCUCCCCCUGCCUUCCCCGGCCACUGCUGCCUCCGACACUUAAACCUCGUGGGGGGGCAACCUGGGGGAGAGGGGGGGGGAGAGAAUCUGUCUGCGCCGACACCAUCUGUGUAUUUAUGUAGCAAGGUCGCAGAGU